ACUUAAUCUUGCAAAUGCAAUUCCCAAUCCGUAAAUCCAUCCACCAAAAAUAAAAAAACAGAAACGGCACAAUAACGCUUUGUGUUUUGGUUACUCCUCCUCCUCCCUCCGACAAGUCCCCCGGUCCGUUCUGGGACCUAACCGGCGUCGUCUUCAGCGGAAUCGUGAAGCCCAUCCAAACCCUCGAAAUCAUAAAACGCAGACAAGAUAAAAGUGUUGGAGGCAAGCCUUACUGCAAGAAAGAAUGCACAGUUCCUAAUUCUCUCGUUACUUAUUUACAUUUGCGACGUGAGGGAAACGCUAUCGAACCUGCAUUUCGAAGAACUGAAUUCACAACUCUUGGAAGAACACCGCCACCGAAUGCCGCGAAAAAGAAGCCACCCGUUACUUCGAGUCCUACUCAGAAUCAUCAAAUUCAAAUUAUGAUUUACGCGGCGUGAGUAUUGGAAAGAAAUUUAGGAUCAGGGCUUGGAAUUUUUCAUUUAUUUUCUGCAAUUUUUUUUCACCUUUUAAUUCAUGUACUCUUCUUCUCUGUCAUUUUAUUUUGUUUGAAUAAAAUUUUCAGUAAUUGCGUAUUUUUAAUAAAAUAAUAUUUUUUUUGUUAAAAGUAUAUAAUUUUACUUUAAGCCACUUACUGCUGUUGAGUAAUCUAUUAGCUGAGAAAAUAGCAUCGCAUCCUGUGGGGGCUGUAGGACAUUAUCUCCAUACGGUCGUUAAACUUGUCGAGAGAGCUGGAUUCAAACUGAAGGGAUGCAACAUGGAAAGUCCCCACUCUGUGAACAGUCCAAGAAGAACUCUCAGUCUGUCAAAGCAGCGGAGGGCGACUGUGUCCUUUUUUGACCCUGAUGACAAAACCUCUGGCUUCGGAUUGUCUGGCGACCAUGGCCCCAAGCCUUCUGAAGUUUAUGGUUUUGUAGGUUCUAUUACCACUGUUGUUGCUACAGUUAUUUUCUUCAUAUGGGCAUAUGUUCCAGAAUCAUGGCUACAAUCUGUUGGCAUCUCGUACUAUCCUAGCAGAUAUUGGGCUUUAGCAGUACCAACAUAUGUGAUGGUGACCAUUGUUUUGAUGCUUGGAUUCUACAUUGGUCUUAACUUCAUUUCAACACCUUCGCCUUCUUCUUUAAACACAGUUUUUGAUGAAUUCAGUAGAGAUCCUUCGAGUAAUGAGUGUUCUCUAGAAGAUGAAAAGCCCAUCGAUCCCAUUUCAGAUAUUGGUCUUGACAGAAUCAAUGAUGUUAUGUUCAAUAAUGCAACCUAACAAUCACACAUAUCUCCAAUGCUGUUAUGGUGGGAAUUGCUGUCAAACAAGUGCUGCUAAUUUGGGUUAUUGUAGGAGAAGCUAUAGCUACAGAGGUGAAAUUUAUUAAACUGGUGUUGUGAGAGAAUGAUUUCGUUCCAUCUUACUGUAGAAUUUCCUUUUAAUGCUGAUUUUUUUAGGCCUAGUUUUUAAAAGCUGUUAUCUGCUUAUUUUGGAGUUUUGAACCUUGCUACUUGAUGAAUUGGUGGUGAAGAGUUCUAGAUAAGGAAACGGCCUCUUUGUUUA